CCAAGGGUCGGGGGUGUGCUAGGCAGCGAUUGUAUACUUGCUUUAAACAUAAGCUAAUCUUGUCUUCUUUUAGCUCUUUUUUUCCUUUUUAAAUUUCAUACUUCACUUAAGCUACACCAAUACUUCAAGAUGAUCGACACUGUUAGCGGAGCAGAAGCUGUGCCAUUUUCAAUCCAGCUGAAGCGUCUUUUGGAGCAGGAGACUCGGUAUCAGCCUAACAUCUGUGGCCUUCGUGUCCUUGAGACUGCCCAUGACAAUGGCGUGAGGAUGACCGUAAAAUUGAGGGACCUUAAAGUAAAAGAUCUGCUCUCUCUGACCCGAUUCUUCGGGUUCAGUGUUGAGACAUUCUCCCUUGCCGUGAGCAUUCUCGAUCGCUUUCUGGCUGUUAUGAAGAUCCAGCCUAAGCACCUGGCAUGUGUGGGUCUCUGUUGCUUCUACAUUGCUGUGAAGAUCUCUGAGGAGGAGAAAAAUGUUCCUCUGGCAAAUGAUCUGAUCCGAAUCAGUCAGAACCGCUUUACUGUGUCCGACAUGAUGAGAAUGGAAAAGAUCAUUCUAGAAAAGCUGAACUGGAAGGUUAAAGCUCCUACUGCACUGUGUCUUCUCAGACUAUUUCACUCUCAGAUCCAGGAUAAAGUGGAUGAUGAUGGUAAGAAGAUCAUAAAUAUUGAGAGGCUUGAGGCUCAGCUAAAGGCUUGCCACUGCUCCUAUGUCUUUACCAAACUAAGGCCGUCCUUGGUGGCACUGGCCCUGCUAGCCCGUGUAGUUGUGGAGGAGCGUGGAUCGGACUCGGUUGAGGCUCUGAGAGAAGCUGUGCAGGAUCUUCAGCAGCAACUACCUAUUAAAGAUGGAGAUUUGAUCUGUGUGAGGGAACUUGUUGCCAAGUGCCUGACUGAAUACUCAACGACCAAGUGCUCGAAGCCUGAUGGCCAGAGACUGCGCUGGAUCAUCUCCGGUAGAACGGCACGACAGCUGAAGCACAGUUACUACAAGAUCGCCCAUCUACCCACCAUUCCAGAAUCGGCUUGUUAAAAGUCGAUUUGCUCCCCUCGUUUAUUUUAAGCUCAUCCUCUUUACAGUGAAGUCUCUUACUUUUUUGCCUUCUUACAGAGUUUUGGUGGUUGAUGGAGUGUUGUAGGGACACUUGCCUCUUUCUUUCUUUCUUUUUUCCUUUUAUAUAUUUAACAUCCUUAUCAAGAGUAGCAGUCAGCCAGAGGGGAUCAAACCGCUCUGGUUAGAUUGGCUUGUGCAGCAUGCUAACGGCAUGUUCAUUUAAAUCAGCACCUUCAGUAGUGCUGGUUGUUUGAAGCAGUGAAAAAGUAUUGAACCACCUAGGUCCUCAGUCCACUAUGUGGAAGAGGAGGGAGAAGGGUUUUGUGAAUAAUAGCGAUCAGUGGAACCAAGAUAUCGGGCCCAAAGCCCUUAACUCCCACCCUAGGUUGAUAAACUGUCUUAAAGCACACUCCUACCCAAGGUGAUACAUAAUGUUCCUUUUCUCCCCUUAGAACUACCUGUUCUCUCCUGUGGCGUGGUGCGGAACAUGUAGUUUUUACUAAACAAUCCUAAUAUGUUGGGGUUUCAAACUAAUCUUUACACAAAGGGUAUAAAUUACAUUUUAGAAUUUAAAUUGGACAAACUAAUCAUUUAUUUACACCAUGGAUAAGUGUUUUGUUUGUGUGGUAUUGAAUAUAGUUCUGCUAUACAUUUACCUGUAUAUGAUUUGGCCAGCUUAGUUAUUAAACAUGUACCCUGUAAGUGUACCUUUCAAUAAAAUAUUAUUGAAAUGCUGAA